AUGGUAGACGCCGUCGAUGCUUCGGCCGGCGACGAGGUCAAGCCGUACACUAUUCACGUGCGGACCAAACAUCUAAAUUUUACCAAGCAAAAACUUGAACUCACCAGGUUCCCUCACGAGGGUUCGGAACCCAAAUCGACGGACUGGUGGGAGCCCAAGCCGCAACUUGAGCCUCUUCUUGACUUUUGGCUCGAGAGGUACUCGUGGCGAGAUCAAGAAACUGCCCUGAACAAGUCGCUGCCGCAGUUUCGCACCUCUAUUGCGCUUCCAUCGCACGAGACUCCCCUUAGGGUUCACUUUAUCCACGUCCGUUCAUCACACGCGCAUGCUGUCCCGCUGCUACUGAUACCCCCUUUCCCUCUCACCAACCUCUCCCUGGGCCACCUCGUGAAGCCCCUGACGGAGCCACAAGAUGCUGCUCGCGACCAGCCCUUUCACGUGGUGAUUCCAUCACUAUCUGGGCUGGGAUUCAGCGACGCGCUGCCUAACAACACUGCCCCGGUCCCGACUACAGCAGACAUGCUCGACACUCUCAUGCGCCGUCUAGAAUAUCCGCACUACCUCGCAACCAACAGCGGCCCAGCCUACUUGUCACCUGCCGAGAUCGACUGGCGGCUAGCCCGUCACCUCGCGACGUACUACUCAUCUUCAUGUCUAGGUACACACUUGAUCUCUCCGCCACUAACCCCGCCUAGUCUGCGAUAUGCACCAUGGGAGUGGGCAAAGUGGAAUAUCGCCAGCUUCUUCCGCAGACCACUCUUUGGAUACACCAAAGACGACUUUGCCGCUCUCUCGCCGGGGCGGCAAUCAACCAGCUCCAGCUCGGGCGACAGCAGCAACAUAGCAGACUCUGGGCUCAACCAAAUCAACCUGAAAGACCCAAACACACUCGCGUAUGCGCUCUGCGACUCUCCCGUGGGAAUGCUGUCGUUUGUGCUCAAAGGCCUACAGACCCAAGCCGGGCCGUCAGGCGCUUUCACUGAGGAACAAAUCAUCACCCUGACAAACUUGGCAUGGCUUCCAGGGCCCGAGAAUGCAAUGCGCUUCUGGGCAUACUGCGCGAUGCACGCUGAAGAGCAGAGGGUGGCGGAGAAGACGGUGGGGAAGCCAAGGGUUGCCAUUACCGUCUUCACUAGCAGUGAAGAGGGAAAAGGAGAGGAGUUGGUAGCUACAGUAACUCCAGCAGGAGACACAGAGAAGGCUGCCGGCGAAGGGACAACGACACAGGCAGCAACAACGUCGAAAGCGCCAGCACCAGCACCAAUACCAGUGGCAUCGGCGGCAGAAGCAAUAACGCCAGCUGCGACUACAAUACCAGAGCCAGUUCCGUCGAGCGCCGAACUAGAGAAAAAAGAGGACUUCGGGCCGGCCCCGGCAAAACAAAAUGCCCAAUCAAGACGGGGAUAUGCUCCCCCAGCAUGGGCCAACGCGCACUAUGACGUGGUACAUAUUCAGAGAGCGCACGGCCACUACUACCACCAUAGUAGUGGCGGGGGUGGUAGCAGCAGCGGGCUUCUUUUGGCAUUCGAGCGGCCAGACGUCAUCUUUACAGGCGUGAGGGGGCUGGCGCAAGCGGUACUGGCGCGAGAUGCUCGACUUCGGCCCCCAGUGGCAGGUGCUGCCGGUACGGCCGAUACUCACUCUGAAGGUGGGCAGCCUCCGGUUGCGCCGCUUGAGCAGGUCGUGGUUGUAGGGGACAGUAGUGACCCUCCAGCCCCGGCUGGCGGACCGCCCGCGGCUGCUCCCACUGCUGCUGCUGCUCCUACAACCAUUGCUACGGCUCCGGUUAUACCCACUGCCACUGCCACACCCACUCCACAGGUGGUGGUAACGAGGACCGCCACCCUGACUAAGAAGCGGCCCGAGCCCAAUCGAGGGAGCAGCGGCUGGAGCUGGCGGACCAGCUACCACGACCCAUCGGCAGCAACGACGCCGGGCGCCGCAGCUGUCCGCGGAAAGGGGAAAGAGGUGGACAUAGCAGUGGAGAGAAAAGGCAGCAAGGGAAAGGAGAGAGAACACGAGGCGGCUGCGGUUGAGCAGCAACGGCCACAGCUCCAACCACAGAAAACCGGAACGGACAAGGAACAGCAGGGAAACUCGUCGUCGACGCUGCUGCAGCCGCCGCAGAUCAAGACCCGGGACUCGCUCGUCGACGGCGAGAGCCCGGACACGCUAGUGGGGAGCUCGCCGUCGCCGCCGCCGCUGCAGUCGAAGGAGGAGAAGCUGUCGUCGUCACCAUUGCCGCUAGGCCUGGAGAGGAAGGAUGCUUGA